GACGAGCAGGAUAAUGUACCGUCGUGUGAAAGCAGAAAACCGUGAGAGGAGGGAAACAUCGUCGAAACAAAGUUUGAGCAGCAGGACGUUGUUUUAGACCGAGUCCAGCGUUUCCACAGGGAGGAGCGGGCGCUUCAUUCGCGCUCUUUCCCCCACUUUCGGAUUUCGACAUGGACGCGUUGAAAUCCGCAGGAAGGGCAAUUAUACGGAGCCCCAGUAUCGCCAAACAGUCGUGGGGUUCGGGCAGACAUAAAAAGCUCCCAGAGAACUGGACGGACACCAGGGAGACCCUGCUGGAAGGCAUGACCUUCCAACUCAAGUACCUCGGCGUCACCAUGGUGGAGCAGCCCAAAGGGGAGGAGAUGUCGGCCGCUGCCGUCAAGAGGAUCGUGGCCACGGCCAAAGCCAGUGGGAAAAAACUGCAGAAAGUCACAUUAACAGUGUCCCCUAGAGGAAUCAUCCUGUACGACAGCGCUUCCAACCAGCUGAUAGAAAACAUCUCCAUCUACAGAAUAUCUUACUGCACAGCUGACAAGAUGCACGACAAAGUGUUCGCCUACAUCGUCCAGAGCCAACACAACGAGGCUUUGGAGUGUCACGCCUUCCUCUGCACCAAGAAGAAAAUGGCCCAGGCAGUGACCCUGACCGUGGCGCAGGCUUUCAGAGUGGCGUUUGAAUUCUGGCAGGCUGCCAAGGAAGACAAAGAGAAGCGGCUGAAGGCGGGGUCAGACGGGGAAGGAGCCAGUACCUCCCAGUCCGAGAGCCUGGCCAGUCUGGGCAGCUUGAAGGGAGGGGAGGUGGCCACAGGAGAACUUCUGGACCUGGCUGAGGGAGCCAACGUGACGCAGGAGCACUCAGGAACAAAGCAGGGGGAAUCGGAUCCCCCUGUGGUGCACAACCAUGCCACGGAGAACAACAACACAGUAUGGGAGCUGGAGGAUGGUCUGGACGAGGCGUUUUCAAGACUCGCUGAGUCUCGCACUAACCCCCAGGUCCUGGACAUUGGGGUGAACCCUCAGGACUUCAACACUGAAGAGUGCCUGUCCCCGGGCAAAUGGGACCAAGAAGACAUAGAUUUUGCUGCACAAAAAGAUACUUUCGGGUGCUAAUGUGCUGCCGAGAAAAGGCCGACAGGGACGGACGAGGACACACGGUGGUUUAUGUAUGACGUGACGACCUCCUCCUUUGUGCUGUGAAGUCGACGCGGCUGUGCAGACUAGUGGGCAUCUGGUGGUAUUCCAUCCAAAACGAGGUCGGCUCACAACAGAGGCCAAAGCAAUACAAACGAUUAUUUACCAUUUUCUAUGGAGAGAAAAAAAAAAAGUUAUUUAAUGUUUGCUACCGUCAGUUUAUCACUUCCCUUUCUGUCAGUUUACCAAUUCACUGUGUGUUACAUGUUUUGUCUGCUUGUGUGCGUUGUACGCAUUAAAUGUGUCCGUGUGUGUGUACAGCAGUAGUGUACAUACUAAAAUACUUCGAGAUUAACGAGGGAGUAAAGUGGGAAUAAAGGGUGAAAAACAAACGUUCUCAGAGAUGGAGAGAUGGUUGAGACGCUUCAGGAGAAGACCUCAGCUGUACUGCUGCCGUUACAAAUGCAGUUACAACCGAUGUGGUUCAGAGUCGCCCCCUGCUGGUGGCUCAACAAAAGCUUUAAAGAAAACGUGUGUGUGUUUGGGGUCAAAGAGUGCGUGUGAGUGACGGAGAAAAUCACGAGGACAAUCUUAUUUUUUACUAAUGCGAAACAUAUUUUUGCGCUGUGUAGCAUUCACCUGACGUUACAAGCACACGUUACAUUGAAGGGAAUUUUAAGGCCUCUUUCUGCUACCUGGACUGCUGGAGUCAUGAUGAUAGAAGACUUUGUGGUGAGUUCUUUUCACUGUUCAGACUGGACUGAUCCGAGUGGUUCUGUGUCUCUCUGACAUCAGUCUUUUCUUUGGUCAUGCCACUAAUUUUCCAUUUGGUGAUUGUGGUUCAUGUCUUGAUUACAAAAACAAAACCAUGGAUCUAAAGAGUUGAGUGUGAUGUCACAACACCUGUCUGUUAAAUUCACCCUGGCAUUGACUAUAACAGUUUACUGUUUUUUUUUUAGGGAUGCCCGAUAUUAACUUUUUGCCAAUAUUGUCCAAAUAUUAAUUUCUGAUGCGGCCAUUUUCCCCUAAAACUAUUUUUAGGUUGCACCACUUAUUUUCUGUGGUGAAAUCAACACGUUACCUAUUUUUAUUGUACAAAAUAUUUUUUAAAACUAUUCCAGCAUAUUGAGUAAUUAUGUAACCGAUGUUACAUAAUUAUGCUAAAAUCAGGCCAUCCUGUUGACAUCCCUGUUGUUUUUCUGAGUAUGUGUUAUUUUUAUCACCUGGUUAUGUAUGGAUUUAAUUUAACUCAUUAAUUUACAUAAAAGUCGUUAAAUAUAAA